GCUAGCUGAUUAGCUGAGGAGCAUCUAAACAGCUAAACAUGGCUCAGUUCUCAUACAGCAGAAUGUCUCACUUACUGAGAGUUUCCGGUCAAACGCUUCUGGUUUCACGAACCGGGACAGAAGUUCAACCGGGACCUGCGUGUUGUGUGCAGCUCGCGCGCCGCCAGAUUUCCUCAUCACAGAGGUCGGUGGACAGCAAGGCGCUACAGGAGAGGCAGAGGCAGCAGAUGGCCAAAGGUCUUCCCAAACAGAAGCCCGUCGCCGGGGUCAAGCAGGUCAUCGUUGUGGCGUCGGGGAAAGGGGGCGUCGGCAAGUCCACCACCGCAGUGAACUUAGCUCUCGGAUUACUGGCCAACGAUCCGCUCAAGUCGGUCGGGCUGCUGGACGCCGACGUUUACGGCCCGUCGAUUCCCAAACUGAUGAACCUGAAGGGGAACCCGGAGCUCAGCGACAACAACCUGAUGAUCCCCCUGGUGAACUACGGGGUUCCUUGCAUGUCGAUGGGCUUCCUGGUGGACGACGUGGCUCCGAUCGCGUGGAGGGGCCUGAUGGUGAUGUCGGCCAUAGAGAGGCUGCUCAGACAGGUGGACUGGGGGUCUCUGGACUACCUGGUGGUCGACAUGCCUCCUGGGACGGGAGACGUCCAUCUGUCAAUCUCCCAGAACAUCCCAGUAGCAGGCGCCGUCAUCGUGUCGACGCCGCAGGACAUCGCCCUGCUGGACGCUCGGCGAGGAGCCGAGAUGUUCAAGAAAGUGAACGUGCCGGUUCUCGGUCUGGUGCAGAACAUGAGCGUCUUCCAGUGUCCGAACUGCGCCCACCGGACUCACAUCUUCGGCUCCGACGGAGCCCGACAGCUCGCCGCCGCGCUGGGAGUCCGAUUCCUGGGUGACGUUCCUCUUCACCUGAACAUCCGUGAGAUGUCCGACAGAGGGACGCCGGUGGUGGUCUCCUCCCCCGACAGCCCGGAGGUUUCUACUGCAGCGUUCUGUUCUUUUACAUCCGAUGUGACGCUUCGUUCGUUAACAUCUGAAAGCUGAGCAGCUUAAUCCUGAUUAGUUUUAUUACUAUUAUUAUUACACUAUUUGUAGAGUUCGGUUCCAGCUGCUAGGUUUCCAAACAUUUAGACAGAUGGAAAUUUACCUUUUUUUUUAAUCUCGCAUGGGGAUUAAAAAAAUAUUUUUUAAAAUUAAAUAUUAAAUAUUAAAAAUUAAAUAUAAAAAAUGCACAAUAUAUACAAUAAAUAUAUAUGUGCCAUGAUUCCGCAGCAUUUUUAACUCAAAGUCAACAUUUAUGGAAAAAAAGGAAAAACGUAAUAAUGUUUUUAUCAAAACGAAAUAGUAAUGUAAUUUUUUUAUUUUUUUUUUAUAGAAUAACAGUUUGCUUUCUUUUAUUUAUGAGGACAUUUCACGAUACUCUGAGGUGUAGUUUUAUUUAUGUAGGGUUUUACUGUGUGCGUGUGUGUGUGUGUGUGUGUGUGUGUGUGUGUGUGUGUGUGUGUGUGUGUGUGUGUGUGUGUGUGUGUGUCCUCUCUAGGCGCAGGCGUACAGGAAGGUGGCGUCGGCUGUGGUCCAGAGACUGGAGGAAGUCAACACUUGAGUGACCGGGAGCGCUACAUGGAGACACGCGUCAUGUGACACACAGAACAAACAAACAUGUGACACACAGAACAAACAAACAUGUGACACACGUUCAUGUCGACAAACAGAAACGCACACACAGCUUUUUGCUGUUGUGACACACAAUAAGUUGACAUCAGAGCGCUGCUGUGUGUGUAUUAGUACCAUAGUUGUGAUGAUAUUUAAUAAACCAAUAAAGCCUGUU